AUGGGAAGGAUGAGCAACAAAGCUAGAGUAGCUGCUGGAUUUUCCCAGUUUCGUAAUCUUGCUGCUUCAAUUUCUGGUAAUCUUCUUCCUUCCCCUCCUAAUUUUCGUCAUUCUACCUGCAUUUCUACUUUCAAUUUCUUCCUUUUCCCGACUUCGCUGUUUCAAUCUCAUUUUCCAUUUCUUAUGAGAAACUUUUGUGUAAGACCGCCUCACAGGAAAGACCGCCUUGUUGGCAGUCUUGCUGGCAGCCCAGUUGGCAGCCAUGUUGGCGCAUGUGAUGACGUCAUGCUGACUCUUCUUCACUCCCGAAAUUACUCCUAUCGAUCAACUCAUCAUCAUUUUGAUGACUUUUUUUCUUUUUUUUUUAGGGAUCAUUUUGAUGACUUUGACCCCCAAUUGUUCCUCAAAUAUGUUAGACACCGAUCCAAAUUAGGGUUUACAAAUAUUGAUUAUCCCCUUUCCCUCUUCCAUCAUAUGAAAUCUAUACGCCCUCUUCCUUCAAUUGUUGAUUUCUAUAUCUUGUUUACUGCCAUGACUAAAAUGAAACCCAACCCCCCUUUAUCCACUGUUAUUUCUCUCUCCAGGCAGCUUCAAUUGUUAGGUCUCCAUCCAGAUGAUUAUUCCCUUACUAUUUUGGCCAAUUGCUACUGCCGUUUGGGCAAUGUUGAUUUGGGGUUUUCCAUUUUGGCUUCCAUUAUUAAACUUGGCUAUCAACCUAACAUUGUCACCUUCACUACACUCAUCAAUGGCUUCAUUCACACCGACCAAUUCAACCAAGCCGUUCGAUUGUUGGAUAAAAUUGUCAAGCUUGGCUACCAACCCACAUUAGUCACUUAUGGCUCCAUGUUCAGAGGUCUCUGUAGAUUAGGCGAUAAUUAUGGUGCUCUUAACCUCCUUAGGAAUAUGGAAUCUCAUAGACAUUGCACGCCCAAUGUUGUGAUAUACAGCACUAUCAUUGAUAGCCUCUGUAAAGACCAGUUGUUACCUCUGGCUCUCCACCUUUUCAAGGAGAUGAAAUCCAAAAGAAUUUCCCCAAAUGUUGUCACCUAUAGUACCUUAAUUCGAGGUAUGUGUACUUUGGGACAGUGGAAAGAAGCUCGAGAUAUGUACAAUGAGAUGUUGGGGAACAAUAUACAACCUACCAUUAAGACCUGCAACAUGUUGAUUGACAGGUAUUGUAAGGAGGGCAGGGUUGGUGAAGCACGUGCUAUUUAUGAAUCCAUUACUAAGAGAGGUCUGCUUCCUAAUAUAGUCACUUAUAGCGCUUUAUUAGAUGGAUAUUGUUUACGUGGUGAGAUGGAUGAGGCAGAAAAGUUAAUGGAUUUGAUGAUAAAACAUGGCUGUGAACCUAAUGUUGUUACUUACAGUAGCCUAAUAAAUGGGUAUUGCAAGUCUAAAAAGAUUGACCGAGCACUUGGCUUGCUCAAGAAGAUGCCUCUUGUAGGAUUAUCCCCUAAUGUGGUCACAUAUUCCACUCUUAUCGAUGGCUUAUGCAAGGACAAUCAACUGGAGUUUGCACGCCAGCUUUUCAAGGACAUGAAAUCACAUGGAUUAAAGCCAGUUAUAGUCACUUAUAAUUCAUUGCUUGAUGGUUUAUGUAAAAAUGCUUGGAUCGACGAGGCAAUGCAACUUUUUAAGGAGAUGAAGAACAAUGGGGUGCACCCUAACAUUAUCUUGUACAAUAUCUUGAUUGAUGGCCUCUUUGAGGCUGGCCAGCUUGGUGAAGCAGUGGAUAUCUUCUCUGUUCUCAUUGGUAAAGGGAGGCAUAAUGUGCGUUCCUACAACAGAAUGAUCAAAAGGUUUUGUAAAAAAGGGUUGCUAACCGAUGCCGAUGAACUAUUGAAGAAAAUGGAGGAUAAUGGAUGUUCUCCUGAUAAUUGCACCUUCAAUACAAUUAUUAGAGGAUUUCUUUAUGGUAAGAAUGUUAAGAGGGCUUUAGAACUCAUUAGCAUUAUGAGAAGUAGAGGGUUCGCUGUUGAUAAUCACAAUACUUCGUCAUUGGUGGUCUUACUCGCUGAUCCAACCGUUGGUGAUUCAGACAAGGAAUUGGUUAGAAAUUUUUUUGAGAACCGAUUGAGUGAUAAUUUGGAGGAAAUUACAUAUGAUCAGGUGCGAAAAGUUCUGAAAACAGACAUGCCGACUGUAGGUUACGAAUCAAUUUCCCAUACAACCCGUUGCAGUUCGUCGUCACAUAUAGGAUGUAAUCCACUAUUACUGUAAGGGAGGCUCUUGAUCUGGUGCAUUAAUCAACAAUUUGGUGUAAUAAGUACGUUUCUAAAAGUCUUCUUUUGGAGAUUUAAAUAGCUGUAUUUAAAUGGUAAUCUGUGACUAAAUGCUUCGUCCUGUUUUACACAGUAUAGUAUUGGUCAAGCAAAGAGGAAGAGAUUAUAUUGUGAAAUGUGAUUAAUAAUAAUAAUACGAAUAACGAUAACAAUAA